CUGUGAAUGUCAACAACAAUGUUGCUAAAGCGGGGUGUUUUUGUUGCAAUGGCCGCGUUUCGUUGCCCUCCAGAAGUUCUUCUUCGAUCAGCGGCCAGAAGCCAGAUCAUCUGCAGAGCCUCGUUGCAGACGAGCAGUGCCGUUGGUCAUCAUGAGGUAGCCGGUGUCCAGCAUACCCACCGUGCAGCUGUGUGUAAUGAAUUAGGAAAACCUCUAACUAUUAGCGAGGUACCGUCUGCUGAACAACUUGAUGAUGGCCAGGUUCGUUUAGCCGUCCACACAUGCGGUAUAAACUUUGCCGAUAUACUGACAGUAGCUGGCCAAUACCAGGUCAAACCACCAUUACCAUUCAUACCAGGAAAUGAAGUGGCUGGUGAGGUGUUGGAAGUUGCAGAUGGAGUGAGCUCAGUCAAGAAGGGUGAUCGUGUGGUUGGAUGCCUAGCCCUGGGUUCUGGUUUUAGUGAGCAGUGCCUGGCCUAUGAAGAUGAUUUGUAUCGAAUCCCAAACUCCAUGAGCUACGAGGAGGCGGCCGCCAUGCCAGUAUCUUACGGCACAGCCUGGAUGGGUUUGACCAGACGAGCCAAUACACAGCCUGGUGAGACAGUACUUGUGACUGCUGCGGCUGGAGGGGUUGGGCUAGCUACAGUUGAUCUGGCAUCUCAUGUUCUUGGUGCUAAGGUGAUCGGUGCUGCAGGGGGACCAGAAAAGUGUAAGCUGGUAACAGACAAGGGUGCCAUGGCCGCCAUAGACUACAAGGUGGAGAGCGUCAGGGACAAGACGAAGGAACUGACAAAGGGACGAGGAGCUAAUGUCAUCAUGGAUGCAGUGGGCGGGGACAUCUUCAAAGAUUGCUUGAGAUGCAUCUCAUGGGAGGGUCGCAUCGUCAUCAUCGGCUUCACCAGCGGAGAGAUCCCCAAGAUUCCAGCCAACAUCCUCCUAGUGAAAAACAUCUCAGCCCUGGGUCUGUUCUGGGGUAACUACCGGAUGCACGAUCCGCCCCGCAUCAGGCAGUCUGUGGAGGACUGUAUCGGUUUCUUCGAGGAAGGAAAGAUUAAACCGCAUGUUUGUGCGACGUUCCCGUUAGAGAAGGUCAAUGAAGCGUUCAAGCUUAUGAUGUCACGAAAGUCAACAGGCAAGGUUGUCAUAACGAUGAGGAAAUAAUGAGAUCAAAAUCCUGACCAAUCCAAGGGCUCCCAAUACCCACUAGGGUCUACCAACAAGAGUUCAGGGGCCGGUUUCACGAAACUUUACGCAUUGCGUAAGUCCACUUGCGCAAUGUUUAUGGCACAAGUUACGCCAUAAACAGUGCGCAAGUGGACUUGCGCAGUUGCGUAAAGUUUCGUGAAAUCGACUGCAGACUGGUUACACAACAAAUGGACAUUUCCUCAAGUGUUUUUUUACGACACAUACUUUUGAAGAUUUGUACGUAAGCUCUCCAUAGACCUUAUCGCAAAUACUUGGUAUGGUCGAUGUAGGCGUUGAAUGAGGCGCAUGCUUCUCUAGCUAGCGCUCAUUACUAACUAGAGAAACAUGCACCUCAUUCAACAGUUAGCGCUUGCGCAAUUAAAUGGGUAAUAGCGAUAAGGUCUAAUUCCAAACUUCCUGCUGAGAUUCUAGCAAGUACAAGUGAGAAUGUAUUUUUGGGUCUUGUAAAAAAAUUUCUAGAGUCCAGAGGAAUUAAUUUCUUGGCUCAAUACCUGUGGUCUAUUGGGCAUUUUCUUCAAAUCCCAAAAUCCUGGGUGAAUCUGUAUAAUUUAAGUUGGUUCAGAAAUGUAUAGCAAUGAAUAUUUGGUUAAUAUAUUAUAUAAAAAGUAUUUUUGUGAACGUGUACAAAUAUGUUUUACAAAAGAUUUACGCUUACGUAUUAACCAUAUAAAUAGAACACUAUGGAAUGCGGUCAUGGUUGAGUGGUCUUGACCAACCCAAGUUCUGAUGUCCGAGUCAUCAGGAUGGAGGUUUGAGUCCCGGUCGUGACACAAAGUGGUCUUGAUGAAAGACACUAAACUAUAAGUGCAUCUUAUCAUCAAGGAGUCGUACCUGCAAGGGUACAGUUAAGUGAUGCGAGUGAUGCUGUGUGCAAAUUCGGCGGCCGUUGCCACAUACUCCAAAGAACAUUGUUUCAGGAAUGAUUUUAAAAAAGGCUCAAGAUAAAGCUCAAGAUGACUGGGGUUGGACAGGCACUAUGAUACAAUUAAUGCUUAAAGGCUCAAGAUAAGGCUCAAGAUGACUGGGGUUGGACAGGCACUAUGAUACAAUUAAUGCUUAAAGGCUCAAGAUAAGGCUCAAGAUGACUGGGGUUGGACAGGCACUAUGAUACAAUUAAUGACUGGGGUUGGACAGGCAAAAUGAUAAGUUAUUUUAUCAAAUGUAUUUUUGUAUUAAUGCUUCAAUUUUCACAGAUUCAAAAUUAAAUAAAUUUGAUAACUA